AUGGAUCCGCUCUGUGGACCGACCUCUCUCGACCACGGCAGCAAUCAUGCCGACGGCCUCACAAUCGAUACCCAAGUCCCCCGAGCGACGAGGGCUCAAUCAAUACACCAAGAGGACGAGGGCAAUGCGACCGUCGAACUCGCCUCCAUCAUGAUGGCGGCGUCGAACCCCGUUUCGCCGGGGCCCAAUCCGCCGCUUGACUCGGAGCGCAUGCAGGAAUUCAUACCUCCCACCCGACCAAGUAGCACGCCAUUUCCCCAACCCGAACCGCGCAGCACGGAGCUGCGCUGCAUCAGCUGCCCAACAAACCGAGACUUGAGUUUGAACAUCUUGGACCCUACUGCCCCGCCCGCACUACCAUCAGCUGGCACCAACAUCCACGUCAGCCUCAAUGACCUCCCUACCGAAAUCCACGAGUGUAUCCUCGACCACCUGUUCGGGUUCCGAGUUUCAGCCACCUCCAAAAGUUCCAUAACGCGCUGGGGGACCGCCUUGCGCCAUCCACGGCGGAAGGAAUUAUCCGAACUGUCGCUUGUGAGCGGGGCAUGGAGGAUAAUGAUACAGGAACGAUUGUACCGGCACAUCAAGUUGAAGGCCUCGAUCGAGUCGCUGAAAAGCUCCAUGGCCUACUUCUCAGCUCGCCCCCAUCUGCGAUCCUAUGUCAAACAUAUCGAGAUAUGGUUUCCCGUGUUCCACCCCAAAUAUAGACCAUUGGCGCUGUCCAACGCGAACACGCUUCCGACGGUCACUCCAGAUGGGCUGACGACGGCAUCUUAUGUGUUGCCGAUGGACAACUGCUCCCUGGAGGAAGCUUUCUACUUCGUGGCAGAAUGCCUCCCGGAGGUUUGCAUCUUGACGUUGGAAGGGGGCGAACGGAAGAAGGCGCCCAAAGUGAGACAUUGGAUUCGAGAUUCCGGCCAGGAGAGAGUGCGGGUAAUGCCAAAGGUGCAUUCCGUCCGCACACUCAUCUCCAAAGGGCAAUGGAAUCUCAUAAGAGAAGAAGAGGACUUCAAAAACAUCAUGUCGGCGCUGCCCAAUCUGCAGGAAUGGCACGGAUCGUACAGCAAGCCCAAGUCCAAGAGUUAUCUCACCAUGGCCAGCAUCCUCGCGAAGCCCAUGCGCCUCACCAGCCUCGACUUGUGCAUUGAAGGGGAUUACCGCCGCGAAUUGUCGUUCCCUCCUUAUAUCCUCAAGGUAUCGAGCAGGGUGCAUUUCUGCUCGCGAUUGGCCGCUGGCGCCGCAUCUCCGUCGCUCGAGCACAUCUCCUACACGGGCAGGGUCUGCAAGCAAUUCUUCAUCGAUCUCGUGGCCAAACACAAGGACCCGAGAAACACGCGCCUCAAGUCGAUCGACCUCACCGUGAAGAACUGCUGCCGGCAAGUGGCACACUGGAACGAGUCUGGAUCUGGCAUCACAGACAUGAACUUCAUCAAUGCGUUCGAGGAGCUGGUCAUCGCUGGCAUCCGGGCUUUGGGGAGACUCAAAUCCGUUGAGUAUCUCAGGAUUCGCUACGUGGAUCUGGAUUCGCCGUUCCCACCGCUCAACCCACACUUCCUGCUCCAGAAUGGGCGGUGCUCGGGCGUCUGGAGCGACGCCAUCAUCACCGAGAUGAACCGCGCCCAGCCUAGCGCCCGCUUCGAGGAACUAUCCGAGUCCUUCGGCGAGAUCGGAUACCGAAAGGAUGGGCGGAUGAUCUUCAACCCCGAAUUUCCGACGUCCAGCUCGCGGGGCAUCUCGCUCAAGUUAUCCAACUAUGCGCUGCUCAGCGCCGGGACUGCUUGA